ACGCUGUACGGGAUUAACGUUGAUGCUUUUCCCGAGUGUCCUCGACGUAUAAAAUCUUUUUCACGGCUCUUGAAGCUUGCUGUAGCAAAUCGAAUUAUUUCUAUUUUGGAAAGUCUGGUAUACUGCUUGCAUAAAAAACCGGGCAGAGUCGUCAUACGUUUCGCAAUGGAUAUGAACAAAUAUGUAAGAAUCGUUGAAAACGCUUUGAGCCAUUUUUCGAGCUCAUAUCCUCAAUCUUUCUACUCAAAAAGACAAUGGUCCGGCUUGCCACGACGUGGACUGGAAGAGCAUUUCUGUUAA